AUGCAUUCUAAGUCGCUUCUCGUUGCUGCUUUCGCUGCCGCCGCGGCCGCGACUCCUCUGGGAACUGGUUCCAGCUGGCAAUCCAGCUCGUCCAGCAGUGCUCCUCCCUACCCAACCUCCACUGGAGGCUACUCCAUGACCACCAGCUACUACUCGUCCGCCCCGACCGGCUACUCGAGCGCCGCUAGCUACAGCAGCGGCGGCAAGUAUUCGGCCGGUGGUAGCUGGGGUUCCUCCAGCACCGUGCUCGGCAACCCUACUGCCAGCCCCAACCCGGUCCCGACUGCCGGAACCGUUGGCAAGCUCCUCACUGAAGACACCCGCGUGGCUCGCUUCAAGGAGAUCCAGUCCGAGAUCGCCGCGGGCAACCUGGCCUUGAAGUUCGACUUCAACCCGGCCGCCAACCCGGCCGUCACCGCGGGUAAGGGCGGUCAGGUCGACCUGGCCAACCGCGCCAACUUCCCCGUCCUGACGGACCUGGGCAUCUCGGCCGCGGGCAUCUUCUUCCAGCCCUGUGGUCUCAACACGCCGCACAUCCACCCGGACGCGACCGAGUUCUUCACCGUGGCCACCAACAACAACAUCACCACGGGCUUUGUGCUCGAGAACGGCCUGGCCACCGAGUUCUCCACCUCGCUGACCCAGUUCCAGGGCACCGUGUUCCCCAUGGGCUCGAUCCACUGGCAACAGAACAACGACUGCACACCCGCGGUCGCCAUCGCCGGCCUCAACUCCGAGGACCCCGGCGCGAGCUCCAUCGCCCAGAACUUCCUCAUCAACACCGACUCGGCCGUUGUCGACGCCACCCUCGGCUUCCCCAAGCAGAUCGACUCCAGCAACUUCGCCCAGUUCAAGGCCAACAUCCCUGCUUCCUUGGCCCUCGGUGUCGAGGAGUGCCUGAUCCGCUGCAAGAUCAACUACUAA